CUGCACACUGCACACACCUCACAGCAAACCACACCCCUUCACUCUUCUUCACUUCACUCUCUCUCUAGAACAAAUUAGAAAAAAAUAGGAAAAGUGGGGGGUUUUUAGAGAGAGAGAAAUGGAGGUUAUCAAAAUUCCAAUGCUUCUUCUACUCUUGGUCGUCGUCUUCUUCUUCUCGUCCAAUGCAGAUGGUGGCGCAAUCGGAGUGAACUACGGGAGAAUAGCGAACAAUCUCCCAUCGGCAACAAAAGUAGUGCAGCUUCUGAAAUCACAGGGCUUGGAUCGGGUCAAGGUCUACGACUCCGACCCGGCUGUUCUCCAUGCCUUAUCCGGUUCGGGUAUUAAGGUCACCGUCAAUCUCCCCAACGAGCUUCUCUCCUCCGCCGCCCGCCGCCCAUCCUUCGCCUACUCCUGGGUCUUCAAAAAUGUCGCCGCCUACCAUCCCGCCACCGCCAUUGAAGCAAUCGCCGUCGGCAAUGAGGUCUUCGUGGACGGCCACAACACCACCGGUUUCCUAAUUCCGGCCAUGUACAACAUCCACCAAGCGCUCGUCAAGUACAACCUGCACACCGCCGUAAAGGUGUCGUCACCCGUCGCACUCAGCGCUCUGCAGAACUCGUACCCGUCGUCGGCCGGUUCGUUCCGGCCCAAUUUGAUCGAACCGGUUUUCAAACCCAUGCUCGAGUUCCUCCGCAAAACCGGAUCCUCGCUCAUGGUCAAUGUCUACCCGUUCUUCGCAUACGAGUCCAACGCCGACGUCAUCCCACUCGAUUACGCGCUUUUCCGGCAGAAUCCCGGCGUCGUCGACGCCGGCAACGGGCUGAGGUACUUCUCCCUCUUCGACGCCCAAAUCGACGCCGUUUUCGCGGCAAUGUCGGCGUUGAAAUACGACGACGUACCAGUCAUCGUCAGCGAAACCGGAUGGCCGUCAAAGGGGGACAAAAAUGAAGUCGGCGCAACCGUGGAAAACGCCGCCGCCUACAACGGGAAUCUAGUCCGCCGCGUGCUCGGCGGCGGCGGGACACCACUACGGCCGAAAGCAGAUCUAACGGUCUAUCUCUUCGCGCUAUUCAACGAGAACAAGAAGGUGGGGCCCACGUCGGAGAGGAACUUCGGGCUAUUCUACCCAGACCAGAAGAAGGUGUACGACAUUCCGCUGACGGCGGAGGGUCUGAGAGGGUUAGGGGAGAAGACGACGCCGGUGAGCGGCGGAGAGCAGAGGAUGGCGACGGCGAGUGGGGAGACGUGGUGCGUGGCGAAGGAGGAGGCGGGGAAGGAUAAGCUGCAGGAGGGUCUAGAUUACGCGUGUGGGGAAGGAGGCGCUGACUGCCAUCCGAUCCAACCAGGGUCCACGUGUUUCGAUCCUAACACACUUGAGGCCCACGCUUCAUUUGCAUUCAAUAGUUAUUUCCAGAAGAAAGGACGUGCCAUUGGGACUUGCUUUUUUGGCGGGGCCGCUUAUAUUGUUACCCAAAAGCCCAAGUACGGCAAAUGUGAGUUCCCCUUUGGAAGUUGAAGAGAAUGAUGGAGUGGGGAUGCAAUGAAGAAAAAUCAAGAUAAAGAGCUCAAAAUUAAUCUAUUGUAAAAUUUUCUUUUGUUGUUUCUUGAGGGUUGGUUGGUUACUCCUUUGUGUAUUUAUAAUUACUAGUAGUUGUAGUUCUAGUAGAGUAAGUGCCCAAUUAAUUGGACUUGCCUAAUUAAUUUGUUUCAAAGUAGCUUAUUAUAUCAAUGCCGCCUCUGUUUUUGUUACUUCAAUUUCAUUCAACUUUUUGGCUAGUUACUUUUAUAUGUUCAAAUACUAUGGACAUACCCGAGUGAGUGGAAA